CCAAACCCAAAACCCAAACCCUAGGGUUGCUAUCCUCUUCUCUCUCUGCUAAAAGGUGAAAGCCGAGGUCGGUGAACGAGAGGGAAAACCCUAGAGAGAGAAGGCAGAGAGAGAGAGAGAGAAGCGGGGAGAAAUGGUGCAGCGUCUCACGUACAGGAAGCGGCACAGCUACGCCACCAAGUCCAACCAGCACAGGGUCGUCAAAACCCCUGGUGGGAAGCUAGUGUACCAGACCACGAAGAAGAGAGCCAGCGGCCCCAAAUGUCCCGUCACCGGCAAGAGGAUUCAAGGGAUUCCUCAUUUGAGACCUGCUGAAUACAAGAGAUCAAGAUUAUCAAGAAACCGCCGUACUGUGAACCGUGCAUAUGGUGGAGUAUUAUCUGGAGGAGCUGUCCGUGAGAGGAUCAUUCGCGCCUUUUUGGUGGAAGAGCAAAAGAUCGUGAAGAAGGUUUUGAAGAUUCAAAAGGCAAAGGAAAAGCUAGCCUCUAAGAACUAAGAUUGUUAUACCACAGUGCUUUUGGCACUUUGAGAGUAAUUUUGGCGUUUGAAUUCUUGACAGUAAUGAGUUGUUGGAUUUGAAUUUGCCUUUUCUUGGGCUGGUUGAAACAUAUAUCUAGUGCUCCUUUCAUCACUUUUUCAACAAGUCUGACAAUUUUGUGUUUCCAUCUAAAUGGUUGCUGAUGGUAGGGACAUCAUUUCAUCAUUUGGCAUGUAAUAUCAGAUCAACCAGCAACAUGUUUGGCUGUU